AUGGGGAAAAGUGGCCCCAAGAACCUGGGCCGGUACUCCCAGCACAUUCCCUACCCGGUCCGCGGGGAUCUGGCCGGCGAGUGGAAAGGCAGAAGCGGCCUGCCCCACCGAAGUCCGCGCUCCGAGCGCGCGAGGGGCCACUUCGGCCAGAGAUGUCUGGGGGUGGCCAAGGCAGCGCCGGCCUCGGAGGAGAGGCCCUUCCCGGCGGGCUGUCACCGCCCCAGCGCCGGCCCCGCGGCCCCAACGGCGGAAGAGCAGGCGCCGAGACGCUUCCCUGAACCCGCAGACACUCCUCGGCUUCGAGGCGGCCAAGCCCGGGUCCCACAGCCGCCGCCGGUGCGGACCGCCGUCAGACGGCCGCGGGAGCCCGGCGGCGGGGAGCCCGUGGCCGCGAGGCCCGCACCCGCCGCCCGGCCCGCUCGCGCGCCCACAGCGGGCGGAGGUGGCCCGGCCGGCGCGGAGCACCACCCCCGCCGCCGAGCGGAGGGCGGCCGCCGCAGUCGGCGCGGGAUCGCGGAGCCGGGCGCAGCCGGGAGCCGGGCGCCAGCGAGCACCGGGCCGAGCAGCAGCCAGCGGCCCCCGCCUCCGGGCCGGCCCGAGCGCGCCCGGCCGGCCGCCCGCUCCCCCCACACCCCCGCCGCCGCGACCCCCGCCGCGCCGCCGCGACCCCCGCCCCCGCCCCUUUAA